CAGCAGGCAGCGCGCCGCCCAAGCGGUCUCCGCAUCUGAAGGCGGAUGGCAAGUCCUUGGUCAUGUUGAAGGUGUUUGUGGUGUAAGAAGUGCCCCAUUCAGGAGCUGCAGGAGCUGCCCUCAUGGCUAGGAUCCUCACCGCUUGCGUUGACCUGCCCUUCCUCGCACCCUGCGGAAGGUGUCUGGAAAACCAAGUUCCUCUGCGAUGGCAGAAGGGCUUCCCAGCCUCUUCCCGUCCCUUUGGAGUUCCUGGGGUGCUCAAACCAUGCAGUCAACAAGAUCCUGGCAGUCAGCUGGCACGACCCAGAUGGCUGGGCACCUUAGCCCCUUCUCAACGUGCCCUGGAGCAGACGCCCGACUUGGAAAGCACCCAUCAGUAUAAGCUGAUUUACAGGUUUCCAUGGAUCAAGUACUGCAGAAUCCUUUCAAGGGUGAAGCUGCUGCAGACAGGCCUGACCACCGUGAUUCUCCCGCCGAUCUGGGUUCUUUAUUGGCAGAACCAAGUUUCUGUGGGACAGUGCCUUUACUGUACAGGGAUUGCUUGCUUUGCCGCUGCGAUGCUCUACGGCAUGAGCUUCUACCUCCGGCGCAUCGUUGGCAUGAUGUACCUGAGCGAAGACGGCACCCUGUUGAAAGUGGCUCACUUGACCUUCUGGGGGAAGAGGAGGGACAUCUACUGCCCGGUCGCCACCGUGAUGACUCUGGGGGACAUCGGCGAAGACCCCAGCGAGCUGUUGCUACCGCUCAGGCGGUACGACCAAGAUAACGUCCUGUAUUUUAGUCUGCGCUAUGGGCAGGUCAUGGACAAGGAGGCAUUUGUCAAAGUGUUUGGAGGGCUUGGGUGACCUCGGGAGCAAUCGGGAGCCUUGGGACAAUUUCUUCCUAGUUCGAAAUAUUUUGCGGUCACCAUGUUGGUUUGCUUCAAGUGGCGCUGGUCAGCCGACGGCAAUGCUUCCAGCAGUGCAAAAUGGGAGCAAUUUUGGGUGAUUCUCACGCCCCACCGUAGAUGCUACUUCUCCAGGGGUUUGGGGAAAAUCUUCUGGAUUUAUUAACUAAAUAAAUGCAUGUUUUGGAAAGUUACAUGCUCGCUAUGCAUUCGGACACUUCUUCAGAUAUCGUAAUCAAUUUUGGGGCGAUGUUACCCAAGAUCGAGGAGCAGGUUUUCAUCUGUUUAGAUACACAGUGGUACCUCUACUUACGAAUUUAAUGCGUUCCGAACGCACAUUCCUAAGUCGAAAAAAAAUUGUAAGUCGAAUCCCAUAGGAAUGCAUUAUGAAAAAAUAAUUCAUAAGUCGAAGCAACCCUAUCUAAAAAUUCGUAAGUAGAAAAAAUCCUAUCUAAACCGCAUCCAAGAUGGCGGACGGAGCUCCAUUCGUAAGUAGAAACAUUCGUAAGUAGAGUUAUUCGUAAGUAGAGGUACCACUGCAUUUGGAUUUUGAAUCGGGAUGCAGGAUCAAGCCCCAAUCCAACCCGAGUGAGCUCUGGCCAGUUCUCAACAAAAGCCAUCAGCUGUGAAUAGUUCUGUGGAGAGCAUGAAUGUGCAUAUGUGCCAGACAGAGAGACUCACUCACAUCCAACAGAGAGUAGAGGUUGAAUCUCUAGUCCCAAGCUCUUGCAUGACUACAUAUUCACAUGAGCCCCAUGCCCCGUCGGCCCCUCUGGGCUUUCCUUUCCUUUGCACUUGCCUUGAGUGUUUUUGCCCCAGUCGCAUGUUUCCUUGAGCUCUGAUCAUGCUGCUUCGUUAGUUAGAUAGGUGUGUAUUAAAAAACCCUACCCUAUGAGGUUAACCUUUACAUUCAUUGUUCUGCCCACUUAAGAACAUAAGAGGAGUUCUGCUGGAUCAAGACAAUGGCCCAUCUAGCUCAGCAUCCUCUGCUCACUGUGGCCAACCAAAUGCCCCAUGGGAAGCCUGCAAGCAGGACCCCAGCCCAGGAGCCCUCUCCCUUCCUGCAGUUUCCAGCAACGGGCAUUCAGAAGCAUUACUGCCUCUUGACUGUGCAGGUACAUAAUAGCCUUCAUGGCAAGUAGUUAUGCAUAGCCUCCUCCCUGUGAAUUUGUCCAAUCCUCUUACAAAGCCACCGCUGCCUCCUGUGGGAGUGAGUUAAACAGUUUAACAAUGUGCUGCAUGAAGAACUUUAUCUUAUCCUGAACCUUCCAACCUUCGUUGAACGUCCACAAGUUCUAGUGUUACCGUACAAGAUAGGAAGAAAACCUUUCUCAAUCCACUUUCUCUGUACCAUGCAGGAUUUUACGAACUUGUGUUUUAUACAGGUUACAGGUAGGUAGCCGUGUUGGUCUGGAUCGAAGUAAAAUAAAAAAAAUUCCUUCAGUAGCACCUUAAAGACCAACUAAGUUUUUAUUUUGGUAUGAGCUUUCGUGUGCAUGCACACUUCUUCAGAUACAGUGAAAUGGAAGUUUCCAGGCACUUAUGUAGAG